AUGUAUGCGGGAGUCGCGGCACUAUUCAGGUCACGAGCCGUUCGGCUCGGCGUACCUCGAAUUAGUGCAGCCGCAUCGAGCCCAACGAAUCUUGGUCGGCAGGCGUUGUCUUUUGCCCGACGGAGGCCCCUACACCUAAGCUCCUCACCAACACCCAGCACAACCACUUCUACCGACCCGACAGACACGACGCAACCGACCACUAUCGUCAAGCCCAAACUUUCGCACACGAACCUGGCCCGUAACAGCGAAAUUCGCUAUGCGUACCGAGACAAGACCCCGGAGAUCGAGGCGGCCGUCGAGGAGAUGCUCGGCACGGCUUACAUCCCACCCGCACGGCGAUACCCCAUGGCUGAGUCCACAGCGCUGAGCCUGCAGCGUGCACGACGCGUCGCGCGCAUCCGUGUCGGCGAGGAGAUGCUCGCGCGCAAGGGCGGCAAGGUCCGCCGUCGCGACGCCGCCGACACCCUCGGCCUGCUCAAGAAUAUGACACAGUCGCGGGGUCGGAAGCCUGCCAUGCAUGCCAUGCGCAUCGUGCUGCCCCGGGAAUGGGAGCUGGACGUGUCCAGCGGCAAGAGUGUCGACUUUGUCGAGGCGCGCACCGGCCUGGCGGCGCGGCUGCGCAUGACGAGCGACCGCGAGAACGCCACGGCGGUUGUGCUGCGUGGCCAGGGGCCCGUGCUCGCCAAGGCGGCCGACGAAAUUAUCGCUGUCUGUAGAGACGUUGAAAUCUUCAAGCUCGGCGAGGUCACGAGCUUCGACUACGCCGCGCAACGCCUCUGGCCCGUCAUCGAGGAUGCCGAGGAUGGCGGUGCCGUCGUCCCCCCCGGCCAGCUCGAGAACAUCUGGCUCCAUAAAGAGCAACAAUAUUGGAUCGAUUCUGCAUAUGAGAAGACGCCACGGCCCGAGGAGUGGACGAAGCCGUCGUUUGACAUGUUUAUAAAAUCGUUGGUAUACGGACGCCUGAAGCCGGGGCUGCCGCGUCCGGUGUACACUCACGGAACCCACACCGACAAGAUCCGCGUGCGCAUGAUCAUGGAGGUAUUCGAAGACCCAUCAGCGCGCCGCUUCAUCACGACCCCGAUCCUCAAGAUGGCGCUGCAGUUCAUGGCCGCGCACGGCGGCCACCGGGCGAGCGCUGAGCGCCUGCUCUCACAGGCCGAGCGCUGGGGGGUGCCGCUCGACACGGACGCCUUCAACAUCCUGCUCGACUGCUACGUGCGCAAGCAUGACGCGCGCUUCUUCCACAAGGUGCUCGUCAAGAUGCGCGAGCGCUGCUUCUACCCCGACGCGCGCACCUGGCUGCAUUUCCUGCGGCUCGUGCAGCGCGACGACGUCCGGCUGCAGGUCGAGGCCGCCAUGUUCGACCUCGGCCUCUUUGACGACCCGGGCACGCGUCGCAGCGUUGGUGUCGUCACGGCCGGUACCCUCGCCCACCAGGCGUUUCGUGCCGGCGAGACGCUCCUCGCUUUCCUCGACAAGCAGGCGGCACGGUUCGGUCCCUCCUGGCUGGCCGACGAGGAUGGCGCCGCCGCCAACGCCGUGCUGACCGAAUUCUUCCUCUUUCACCCAUCAGCGGCGGCUAGCCGGCGCUAUCACGACUACCGCGUCCUCGUCGAUCGUCUGGUCUCCGAGCGCGGUGGCAGCCGCGGUGCGGCCAGCGUGCUGCCCGCCAGCACCCUCAAUCUCAUCCUCGAGCACUGCGCCCAGCCGCACGCCCGCGACUGGGACACGGCUUUGUGGGCUCUGGACCGCGCGAGUCCCGCGACGAACCCCCGCGACGACAGCGCCGUCGGUGAGCGCGCCGCCGUCGCGACCGCCUACCGCCACCUCGUUGACCUGUGCGUCGGCACGCGCAGCCCCGCCGCGCUCGCCGCCGUCGUCUUUUACGCCGUCAAUGAGCGCGCGCUGUCCGUCCGCGCUGCCCGCACGGCCGUCACCGCCGCGCUACUCGGCAAGGCCGGCGCCGGCCCCGGUGGCAGCGUUGACCACCAUCACGCCUGGUGGCGCGCACACUCCCCGCAGCUUCUGUCGCGCGACAUGGCCGCCACCCUCCGCAAGAAUCCCGUCGAGUCCAAGGCGCACGCCGUGCGCGCCAUCGAGGUCGCCAUCCGCGACGCCACGGCGGGCUACGUGCCGGCGGAAAGGCUCGUUGACGUGCUGCGCGCUGCGCAAGCACUCGACCAGCAGCAAGACGCCGCCGCCGCCAGCAACGAGGGCGACGCAGUCGGGGAACGACCAGCGCUCACGAUUGCGCUCCUUAGCGUCGAGGAUAGCGGCGACAGCGAGCCGUCGCCACGCACCGAAGUCUGCCUUGACAGCGCCUUUGACGUGCGCCGCAUGGUGCUGUACAACCAGCACGCGACGCCGCCCUGGCGUAAGCGUAGCGGCGGCGAGACAGCGGCGAGCGCAAGCAGCAGCAAAGCAGGCGCGUCGCCGUCCUCGUCUACCCACACAGAAACUGUCCAAAGGGCAGACGAGGAGGCGGAAAAGGCGUCCGCAGCGGAACAGGGCGGCGAGAAGAGCAGCGGACACCACCCGCUUGUACAAUAUCUGAAUUCAUUGCAUUAA